GGAGCGGAAGAUGGCGGCGGCGGCAGCGAGUGCAGCCGGUACCCCACUUUGGUUGCGGUGGAGGAGCCGCUGGCUCUGACCUCGCUCUGGCUCCAGUGCGUGCGGCGGAGCGUUUGCGAGGCCCCGUGCGGCGGGCAGGGGGGGCGGCGGCCAGUGCGCGCCGCCUUGAGGAACGCCCCGGCGGUUCUGCUGCGGCUGAGGAGAGAGCCGGCUCCGGGCCUCGGCGUCCUCCGGCGCCCCGGGCCCCGCGCCUCCUCGGGGGCUUGGCGGCGGCGGCGAUGUUCUCGGUUUUGUCGUAUGGGCGGCUGGUGGCCCGCGCCGUGCUCGGCGGCCUGUCGCAGACCGACCCCAGGGCGGGCGGCGGCGGCGGCGGCGGCGGCGGCGGCGGCGACUACGGGCUGGUGACGGCGGGCUGCGGCUUCGGCAAGGACUUCCGUAAGGGCCUGCUCAAGAAGGGCGCGUGCUACGGGGACGAUGCGUGCUUCGUGGCCCGCCACCGCUCGGCCGACGUGCUGGGAGUUGCAGAUGGCGUUGGAGGGUGGAGAGACUAUGGAGUGGACCCGUCUCAGUUCUCAGGGACUUUAAUGCGAACGUGUGAGCGGUUGGUAAAAGAAGGACGCUUUGUCCCCAGCAAUCCUGUUGGGAUUCUCACCACGAGCUACUGUGAGUUGCUGCAAAACAAAGUACCUUUGCUGGGUAGCAGCACAGCCUGCAUCGUGGUGUUGGACAGAAGUAGCCACCGCCUGCACACGGCGAACCUGGGUGACUCAGGCUUCCUGGUGGUCCGGGGCGGAGAAGUCGUGCACCGAUCUGAUGAGCAACAGCAUUACUUCAACACUCCAUUCCAGCUCUCCAUCGCUCCCCCUGAAGCUGAGGGGGUCGUCCUGAGUGACAGCCCUGACGCUGCUGAUAGCACUUCUUUCGAUGUCCAGUUAGGAGAUAUCAUCCUGACUGCAACCGAUGGGCUCUUUGACAACAUGCCUGAUUAUAUGAUUCUUCAGGAGCUGAAAAAACUGAAGAAUUCAAAUUAUGAGAGUAUACAGCGGACUGCAAGAAGCAUUGCUGAGCAAGCACACGAGCUGGCCUAUGACCCAAAUUAUAUGUCACCUUUUGCACAGUUUGCAUGUGACAAUGGAUUAAAUGUAAGAGGCGGAAAACCAGACGACAUCACUGUCCUCCUCUCAAUAGUGGCUGAGUACACGGACUGACUGGACACGCUAGCGACUCCUGCCUUCCCCUUGUCGCCCCACUUUUCCCUGCCGUGUGUGCUGAUCCUGCUGGCAGGACCACAUUUCUUUGCCACUGAUCUCAGUGGUCAGUGAUGGAUGCUCUGGCCCUUGUUUGAGACCCAUUGAGAUCCUUGUUGAGAACCACUAUUGUCAUCCACUAGCCCAGACCUGCUGGUGACUGCCAAGAAAAGUGAGGUGACCUCUUCCUUCUCCCAGAGGUUUUCAAAGCCUUUUACUUUUCAAAAGCAGUUGAAGUUUUGAAAAUAAGUAAUGUUGGUAAAGUAAAUUCAAAAUUUCAGUGUGUUAAAGGGAUUUUAACAUUCAACAAGUAGUAAAUAGUGAUCCAUCUACCAGAAAACACACGAUGGUCCCAGGAACGUCCUGUGUCCCAGAGGCGCAGUGUCUGCUAGGACUUGUGCGGCUUUUUGUUUUCUGUAUAAACUCGUUUCCCAGGAGCCCACAGUCCUGCUCCUGUGCUGGGCUGGGUUGUGACACCAUAGCCCCGGCAGCUUAUGUUUCGGUUACAAAUCGGGAGAGAGUUUUUGUUGUGUGGAUGCAAAUAUUCUGUGCUUUUUAAAGAUGCUUACUUGUGCCCCUGUGAUUGAGGCUGCGGCAGUCUACUGAUUUGUCCAGGUCACAGGAGGGACAGGGAGGAGACUGCUUACCAAAAUCUGUUCAUGGAAAUACGCAAAAGUUCAAAACUCCUCAAAGCCUGGGAAUCAAACGCUGUGGCUGAAGUGGUCCGAAGCCGUCCGUGCUGCCUGUGAGGAUGCCAUGGGCUUUCCCGGUAGAGUAUGCAGGUGCAGCUCUCAGUGGGGUUGGCUGUGGACAGCUUUGCUCCUUCCCUCAGGAGCCUCCCACCCUAAGAGCAUGCCCCCCUGCGCUGUGUCCUCAAGGUGACAGCGUGGUGGCUGCAGCUCCCAGAGCCGACAGGAAAGCUAGUAAUGACCUGACACCUGCAGUGACCCCAGCUGAAUGUGGGGCUCUGAGUCCAGCUUAAUGUUUACAGUUCUAAUAGCCAUUUGCAGUAGGUGACGUUCCGUCUCAGACUUCCCCAUUACCUGCAAGCGCAAACUUAUUUUUAAGGUUUAUGUACAAUUGACUGCUGUAAAGAUAUAUAUUUUUGAGUCCGUUCUUCUCCUUCAUUAACUUGGUGGUAGAAAGUAUAUAUAAUUAGAAACCCUUAAGUUAAAGCCGUGUUUUCUGUGCAAGUCAGGUGAUAUUGGUGUGAAGAUCAUGUGAACAGCCGCACAGCCCUUCCUCUGCAGGAGACACUGGCUCCCUGGUUACUGCAUUGAACUUGUGUUUGAGGUUACCUCAACUUGUUUUUAAAAGAUUUUGUCUGUGAGUUUGUAUAUUGCGUAGUUGUCUCUUGUUUUAUUUAAAUUGUUUACCAUGUACCAUGUACAUGUCAUUGCUCUAUCUCAGUGCAUCAUGCUUGUAACAGGCAUUUCAUUUGUAAGAAUGAGUUACUCAUUUGUAAGCUGUUCAGUAAUUUAUCUACUAUUCCUAAAUUGGCAUAAUGUUAGAUUCCUAUUUUGAAUCACCUUUAAUUACAUGUCAGAAUGCCUUAACUACCCUAACCUGACAACACUGAGUUCUUUGGGAAGGAGGUACAGGGGCCGGGUAUAGAGGGAGACUGGAAUAAGGAGAUGUCGUGCUCUAUUGAUCCCAGAGCAUGAGGACAUGUGGUGGGUAUUUAUUUUGCACAAACUCUUUGCAGUGUCUGUGUUUAAAACAGUAAGGUUGCAUCCAGACGGGGUGUGUGACUCUAGGACUGACUACUUCAACUCUUCUGUGUGCUUUGUAAUUAGUUUUUGGUCAGAGGUAUUGUAGCCUUACAAUCUGGAUAUAUUUUGCAUUAAUUCUCCAAUGCCGACAUUUAAUUCCUGCCAAGAGCAGAGCUGGUCAAGUCACUGGCUUUUUUUUUUCUGCUCUCAUUUACCCAUCAAGCAAUCUUUGUAAAAGUAGAUUGGUGUGUUUUAUACAACUUUUAGUCAACUCACUUUUCUGAGCAGUGAUUGUUAGAAACAGACAGACAGUGAGGCUGUUCUAGUACAUUGAAAACUAUAGGACAGGCGUCAACAUUCAGAGUGAAAAUGACUUUGGGCCUUGCGCGUGGACUAGUGACAUCACAUACUCCCUUUGCUUCUCCCCUGUCCUUUUUGUUACACUUAAUUUUGUGACUGUCAGAGGUCAGGUGGAGCGAGUGCUGCCUCAUCCUCCCCAUGGCCAGAGGCUCUGUCACACACCCCUUGCUAGGUCCAAUUUGGAACCUGGUGUGCGCACGCAUUGUAUUUUAAAUCAAGCAAUGUAAGCGCUCAUAUUUGUCUCAUGGAGUGAACUUUUAUAACAAAAGAGAAAAUUUGGGUUUUAAUUUACAAAUGGCAAAUUAUUUAUCCCUCUGGAUGCACCAAAGACCAGUAAAGUUUAUAGCUUUUCCAUCUAUAUUUAUAAGCAAUACUGUAUUAUAAAAAAAUCACUAUUUUUAUCACAUGCUUGAAAUUUUUAUUUUGUUCUGUUUUAAAAAUGUGCACUCUAAACAUAUCAGAACCUUAUUUCUUCCUAUGAACUUAAGCUGCCUGCGCACAAAAAAUAUAAGAUUACCAAAUGGAGAUGAAGUAGCUAGAGUCCCUAGGCUCUUAAAAAACUGAAAGAAAUGAGGGCGAAAACAAGUUCUUUGUUCCGAGUUACAGUACGUGCUUGACUUGGUCGAUAGGUUACUAACUCAAAGAAUCCAUUCCAGGUGUGUGUGUCUGGGUUGGGCUGUGUCUGAAGUAGAGAAUGGGUAUGAGCUUUCUGAGGCAGGAGAGUGCCCUUUUCUGCCGCUGCCCUUGUUCUGGAUAGAGUAGCCAGCAGAUGGAAAUGUCACAGGGCUGCCGUCCCAUGAGUGUUCUGGAGGUGGCUGGCAGGAUUGGCUAGGGCUGUACGUGUUUGUACUUUUGGGUAGGUCCGUGGCUCCUUGUCGCUGCACCAGCUCUCUUAGGCAAAAUUACAACACUCAGUUUCUCUGGAGACUGUCACAUUUUUGCAUUUAAAAAAUUUUGCGAUGCCAAAAAAAAAAAAAAAAAUCUGCUUAUAAAACAAAAUAUGAAACAGAAGACAUUUGGAUUCUGUUUCUUUCAAAAAAGUAAAUUUAUCACAAGAUUGAACUUCUCAAUAAAGCAGUGUCCAUGUCAAAAUGUAACUGUUAGCAGGUAGUUUGUGGCAAAGAUGACUAAAUGAUGAAGCAAAUCUGAGUCUGUGUAUACUAACGAGCUGCGUUUUCUGUUGAGACUAUCAUUGUUUGUCCUACAAGAGGCAAUGACCCGAAUUGAUGUCUGAAAUAUAAUUUAUGCAGGAAUAGUUCUGUAAAUACAUUUAAAUAAACUGUAAAGAUAUUUAAUAAAUAUAGUAUUUAUACUAA